AUGUCAAUAAUAAGUAAUAGAGUGGCAUUAUCAACUAUUAGAGAUAACCAAUUGAAUUCAUCUAAAUCAACAACUCCAAACAAGAACAACCUAUUCAAACAAAGACGAUAUCCUGACAUUUUGACGAAAUCUUUUUCAAUUGAAAAAUCUGGAACUUAUUAUGGUAGUGAUUAUAGAGAUGUUGAUGAAACAAAAGCUACUAAAUCAGUUAGUUUCAAUGAUUAUGGAUAUGAAUCUACGGAGAAAUCACCUACUUUGCAUUCAAAUUCUUCAAAUGAUGUUGCAGGAUUAGCAGCAACAAAAUUAAAAUUAAAGCUACAAUUAGCACUUUAUAAAUUGAAACAAAACAAGAAGAAAGUCAAUAACAAAAAAUCGAUUAGUUCUAAAACCAUUUUAAGUCCAAUCAAUUCCAAAAAAAGUACUCCAAACUCAUCUCCAAAUAUUGAAUCAAUAUAUCAUCAAUCUAUUUUAUCAUCCUUACCAACUCCACCAGAACAACCCAAAUAUUAUACCAAAUCAAUCAAUGUCAAUUUACAAUACAAAAACAAACCAGAAGUCUCCGCUACAUCAUUAUCCAAAGUUGCAAAUAAUAAAUUCAAAAAACAAAAUGGUCAACAAAAAUUAAAACUUUUUCAAAUUAAAAAAGAUAGCAUAUAUUAUUCAGAUAAUACCAAAAAAUUACCUUUAAUACGUAAAAAACAACAAAUAGAACCAAGUUUUAAAAUGGAUUCAUUCAUUAAUAAUUUUAUUUAUCAACCUUCACUUACAACACUUCCAUCAAUUUCAAAUCAAAAAAUUAAUCUGGAACUUCAAUUACCACCAAUUAAUAAAAUUUUAAAAACUCCAAUUAAACAAGCUAAUUUAUCAUUUACAAAUGCUUCAAGAAUACCAACUACUGUGGAUGAUACAAUUGAUGAUGAUCAAGAUAUGACAUUAUUACAAAACUCUACUUAUCAAAAUUCAACCUUACACGAUACAACAAAGGAUAAUGAUGAAACAAAACUCCAAGAAGAAGAAGAAGAAGACAGCGAAGACAGUGAUGAUGAAGAUAAAAUUGAAAAAACUGUUUUAACAUCAUCACCUUUUAAUAAUCAUUUAGGAACACCAAAUAGUUUCAGUGUGGCCAAAUCUUUAUUACAAUUAGGUGGUCAUAGAAUGUAA